UUUAUUUAAGUCAUAUCAGCAGCAUACGAGUAUAGUUUCUCUCUCCUUGGAACGAAGGAAUAAUGACUAUUAUUUAUAAAGUUCAAGGAGACUCCACUCCAACAACAAAUAAAAGCAUCAUAUGCAGUAUUUCGACGAGAAAUAUUGUUGCAUUCAGCGUAUCGCAGGAAUUGGAAGCCGGGAUCCAGAUAUUUGUUUGUGAUCUUAUAUCUCCUUGGCAAUUGUAUAGUGUAACGAAUUCCAAGAACGUUUUAAGAGUUUUGGAAUGGAGUGGAAAUGGAGAAUUAUUAUUAGCUGGCUACAAUAGUGGACUGGUCGAAGUGUGGACCACAGAAAAAGAAUUGAAUUCUUGGUUUCUGCUGCACAAAGUAAACUUUCCCGGCGAGGACAUUAUAUCGGCAAAGUUUUUCCACAAUGGAAAGAGUAUGUAUUUCCACUCUCAAAAGAAGGAUUUGCCGACAUAUGUGGACAAAUUUGAACGUUUAGAACAUCGACCGACAGUAGAACUUUUUGGGAAUGCACCAAUUGAAGGCGCUGUCAUUAUUACGGCCUCCGGAUUAGUGGGCGCUUUUACCAUUCCACAUAAAAAAUUUAACGAAACCAAUUCUCAGGUCCUCGAACUCAAAGCUGUCACUCAAAGUAUUGGGCUUUCCCGCUUUUACAUUUCGCUUUGCAGCAUGUCUCAUUGUCCAAGUGGGCAUAUUAAUGUUGCAGUAAAUUACAGUUGCAGGUCAAAAAUUGUAUAUUGCUUCAAAAUCGGAAUAAAUGUGGAUAACGAUAAUAUAUUUAUCAAGAGUGAAGCGCUUCCUAGCAUUUUUUUUAACGCAAUCAAUUAUAAACAAAUAUCACACAUUGGUUGGAUCACUUCUAGUAAAGAAGACGUUCUAUAUAUCGGCUACAACACAAUAGAAGGAAGUUUAUUGGAGCAGUGGCAUUUAAGCAAAAAACACCAAGCGGUCCACAAAUUACUACAGAAAAAUAAAGGAGAUUUUGUUCAGAGCGAAACAUGGGAAAAUAUAGCGAAAGUGCACUUCGUAGCAGGAAUAGCAGACGUUUGCAGCUCUAAGCUUUUGACACAAAUCUCACAAAUAUAUGUCACACUGAAGGAUAAUACAGUACAAAUUGUUGAACCUGGCUUGAAAAAGGUGGCUUUGGCCAUAUCAGAUCGUUCGAUGGCAGAUGAUCGCUAUAACCAAUAUAAAUUUGUGUCAGCUGACGUGACGUAUAUGAAUCAGAUACUUGUGCUCUUUGAUAACUACGGACAGAUGUAUGCUAUGCAAGUAGCAAGUCCUUUAUCCGAUAAAAACUACAAGUUGAACACAUUGUCGCUGCAAACAUCGCUAUUGGAAUAUUGCAUAAUAACCGGCAUCGAUGCAAGCGAUAUUCUUAUGUUGAAUUUGGGCAACUUAGAUAUACUUAUUGAAAAACUGACGGAAAAUUUUACAAAACAGUCCACAAUAACACGACAUUUCUAUUACUCGAAUUUUUUGUGCUUAAAGAGCAAUAUGUGUAGAAUACAAUCAAGACAGCAAGAUUUUGAUAAUUUAAUAAUCUUGCACACAAUAUCAAUAACGUUUAAGAGUCUUCUACGUCCUGCGGAUCUUAGUUGUCAGGACAAAGGACCUGGAGAUAACUUGGCUUUGAUACUAUCGGAUCCAUCUACUGAUAUUGACAAAGUAUUAUUCAGUUUAGAUGGUAAAGACUUCACGGUUGAACCUUUGACAUUGCAAAGCUUGCAACAGCUAAUACAGUGGGUUUCUGAUUUAGCAUUAAAUAUAUUAAAUAAGCUUCCGAAUGAAGUUAUUAAAGCGAAGAUGAGUAAAAAGCAAGGCUAUGACAUAAGCAGAGACAGCGUCGCAAUUAGCAGUAUUCGCGAACUUUUGGUAAUGACGCGAAUUUGGGGCUUAUUAAAUGCCCAGUGCCUACCGACGUACACGAAAUCGGUAGAAAAUAUUGAUGUGCUAGCAACUUUGUUCCGGCUUUUGACCCGCCUCGUCCAAAACACAGCAGAGCCUGACGAUUUUUUGUUAGACGAAUGUAGUCUUUUAUCGACACAGGUAUUAAUUCCACACAAGCAGUUUAACAACCCUGCAACACUAUUGAACAACCAUGUAUCACUCUACAAGCCUUAUCCUUUCAUUUUUGUGGCGGCAAUGGAGCCAAGUUGGCUGAAAGACAUAAAUUACGAGGAAGUGGUUUUUGUUAGCGAUACGAAAGACGGUGUUAGUAAUCUACAUUUGGGAGCAAAAGCUAGUUCACUUCGACAUUGUAUUAGAUGUGGCUUGGUAAAUAGUUUACAAAACGUAGCUAAAACUGCGGCUAUGAAAGCAUGGUGCCAACGGUGGUUAUAUUGCCAUUGCGGUGGUUACUGGAAAAAAGUUUAAAUAAACAAAGUAAUGAUAUUAAAAA